AUGAUGUUCAACCAAACGACCUACCAGGCGGAUUUCUACACCAACGUCGUGUGGUCACAGCUUACCGAGGGCGAGAAUCGCCAGUUCCCCAUCCCGAGCGACUUCUCCUUCGUCAAGUCGGUGCUGAUGGCUGAUGUCUACCUGACCAACAAGGCCGUCAACAUGACCCUCACAUCGUCCUUCAAUGCUUCGGUCGAGCCCUUGCUCGCGCCUCUCGAUCUGCCGGCGCCCACCCAAGUCCCCUCGCGCCUCCUCCACGCCAGCCCCGAAGACAACUCGCUCACCCUGCAGCUCGGCCCCAGCUCCCUCCUCGUCAAGCUCCGCGUAAUGAAUUGGCACUACGCGAGCACGAAGAACACCCUCACGAUGGCGGGGAAUGUCGAAUCUAGCGCGAGCGGCAUUGACGUGUUCUGGAGCAAGUAUCCGCCGCCCACGAACAACAUGGCCACCGUGGGUCUCCCUGCUAAGCAAGCCACGUGCUAUGUAGGUGGUCCUAAGAUCAUCAUCGUGCACCUGAUGAACAACGCCACUGUGGGUUGUGAUGGAGUGACCAAGUCGAUUCAGUCCGUUUACGUCGACACACGCUACGACCUCCGCCACAUUCUGUCGCCCGUGUCGGCCGACAUUCGCCUGAUCUUCCCCUCGCUGCACGACACCUUCCACUGCGUCAACGCGACCAACCACUCAGUGCCCUGCGAGUGCAAGGAGACUUUCAUCGACUUCGUCGUCUACAUGGAACUGGACAAGUGGGAGACGAUCGUGCAUUGGUGGCUCAUUGCGGGCAUCAUCGUGCUCGCGCUCGGCGCCUUCGCGAUCCUCAUCUGCGUGUUCGUCUGCGUCGCACGACGGUACAACCGGUCGCUGCAGGAGGACAAGAUCAAGGAGCGGGAGGAGAAGCGGGCCAGGAACGAGCGGCAAUCGGUCAACCCCGCUGGCGCCACCCGCGUCCGCGGCGAUGAGGAGUCUUCGUCGGGCGAGGAGGCCACCGCGGCCCAGACAGAGAAGAGGGUAUGGCGCCGGCCCGACCUCACCGCAGAGGAAGAGACCGACCCACUCCUCCGAUUCGUGUACAAGAAGAAGACCAUCUAG